CUUCCCGAUUAGUGGUCUCUGCAAAGCGCUGUUCGCGCUUGUGUUUCUGGGACCAUAUCGUUACUACUGUUAAUCUAAAAUUGUCUUUACGUAUUACGUUUAUGUUGUUAAAAUGAAAUGAUGUUCACGAGAAUUGAACGGGUCUAAAUAUGUUUUUAGUUAUUAGUCCCGCGUUGUUUGCUUUUUCCUGUUACCUAGGGAACGAGAUCUGGAAUUCAAAGUGAACCCCGGUGAAAUGAACGCUUCCCUGCCAUUUGUGACCUGAAUACCUAUCUACAUUCAGGGGCGGUUGUCGUCAAAGUAGCUAGUAGAUGAGGGUAUACAACAUGCCAUCACCACAAGUCCUGCAACCGGUGCUUAAAAUGAAAGUGGACGAGCUCUUCCUUAAUUGGUUGAGUGAGCCAAAGACCCAGACGAUACUGAAGGACUACCUGGGCCUCAUCAAGAGUGGCCAGAGCCUUGACCCGGGGCUCAGCAACACCAAGGACGUAAGGUCGAUGACCUUCAACGAGAACAACAAUGUGGCGUCCAAGAGGAGUCUGUCUGACAGGCCGUCCGCUCCUCUCGGAACGCCCUCCAGCCCACCCUCUGUACACACACUGCCCUCUGGGAGCAGUACCAACGCCAGAGUGGUAGGACCCAAUGGGAGAGCGCUACGGAGGUCUGUGAGCAUCAAAAAGGCCCAGCUGAAGAGCGAGGAGCCCGUCGCCACGGCGCUAAGUGAAAGCAUUCCAAAGUUCUACUUCCCGCGGGGACGGCCCAAUGCCAACCUCAACAUUGACCACCUCAUUUCCAAGGUUGAGAAAAUAUUUUCCCAAUUCCCCAAUGAAAGGGCCACCAUUGAGGACAUGGGGCAGGUUGCCAAGGCAUGCGAGUGUCCUCUCUACUGGAAAGCCCCAUUGUUUAUUUCGUCUGGAGGCGACAGGACAGGCUUUGUGUCCGUCCACAAGUUCGUGGCCAUGUGGAGAAAAACCCUGCAGACGUGUCACGAUGACGUGUCCAAGUUUGUGCACCUUUUGGCCAAACCUGGCUGUAAUUACCUGGAACAAGAGGACUUUAUUCCUUUCAUGCAGGAUGUGGUGAACUCACACACAGGACUGGCCUUCCUGAAGGAGGCGUCUGACUUUCACUCACGCUACAUCACCACAGUUAUACAGAGGAUAUUCUACAAUGUGAACAGGUCCUGGACGGGCAAAAUCAGCUGUUCGGAGCUGAGGAAAAGCAGCUUUCUGCAGAACGUGGCCCUGCUGGAACAGGAAGAGGACGUGAACCAGCUGACAGAGUUCUUCUCCUACGAACAUUUCUAUGUCAUCUACUGCAAGUUCUGGGAGCUGGACACAGACCACGAUCUUUACAUUGACCAGAAAGAUCUAGCCCGACACAACGACCAAGCCAUUUCCCACAAGAUGAUUGAAAGAAUAUUUUCCGGGACUGUAACCAGGGAUCGACGCCUGCGUAAAGAUGGACGGCUGAGCUAUGCAGACUUCGUCUGGUUUUUAAUCUCAGAGGAAGACAAGAAGACAGAGACCAGUAUAGAGUACUGGUUCCGGUGUAUGGACCUGGACGGUGACGGCGUGCUGUCUAUGUAUGAGCUGGAGUAUUUCUAUGAGGAGCAGUGUGUGAAGCUGGAGACCAUGGCGAUCGAGCCCUUGCCCUUCGAGGACUGCCUCUGUCAGAUGCUGGACCUCGUCAAGCCGGAGGCCGAAGGUAAGAUCACCCUACGGGACCUGAAGCGGUGCAAGAUGUCCCACAUCUUUUACGACACCUUCUUCAACAUCGAGAAGUACCUGGACCACGAGCAGAAAGACCCCUUCUCGGUUGUAAGGGAGGUGGAGACAGAGGGCCAGGAGAUGUCGGACUGGGAGAAAUACGCCACGGAAGAGUAUGAUAUCUUGGUGGCAGAGGAGACAGCCACUGACCAGUACAACGAUGGGUAUGACCAUGCUCUGAGUCCCAUUGAGCCGCACAUCUCCAGUGAUUUGGGUCUGAGGUCAGACAAGGGAAGCUUCUUUUUGAUCCCCAACCCUCACUGCAACCUGGACCUGGACGAGUAUGAAUAUGAGGAUGACUUUGAAUGAACUCCGACCUCUAUCCCCUGAGCAGGCCAUCCAGGGGGAAUGGUGAGAGGAAGCAGGAAGCUGAUGCAGUAUGAAGGACAUUCUGUACAGCGGUUCUAGCGGUUGCACACCAAACCACAACCACAAAUGAACACACAACCCCACGUUAGUGAGUGGUGGUCGAACGUCUACCUCUGAACCACGAACGCUCAGCAAAGGGAACCCUGCCAUGCAUCAAUAAAAAACGACCGGAUCAACAAACUCUGCAUGGUUACUUAGCUUAAAGCUGGCAAGCAUUUUACCAGACACACGGCAGGAUCAACACACAGACAUUUUUUGUCGAGGGGAAGUAGCAUAUUUAUAAGCUGAAACGCCACCAGUGCAGUUAUCACCUUUGACCUUAAGUAGAGGAACCUUUAGACCAUGGAUCAGAAACCCUCCUUCUCUCUCCACCCUUCAUUUUUGGCCUUUGAUUUCUUUAUUGUAGAGUCAUUCACGCUAAUUCCUACAGGGUGGGUCGCAGCAGGAAAACACCUUUCAAGUUGAUUCAGUCACAGUGUAAAACUGUAACCAUGAACUUACAGAAAAAAUCUAACAUUCUAAGAAAUUGGCUAAUGCAACAUUCCAGAGAUAUAAACCGUUUCUGGUCAAGCGCCAAACACUGGCUGGGUCUUUCUGCCGGGAGGGCUGGAAUACCCUUACACACACACAGAAACACCCACACACACACGUACAGCCACACAGGGAUCAGUGGUAAAUACAGUAAUGACUUCAUCAGUAGAAUGCUGUUUUUGUGUGAAAGGUUCUAAAUUAUUAGAAAUAUUUAUAUAAAUAACUGUACAUAUUUUUUUGAGCUUGCUGUGUUGGUCAGAUGUUUUAAACAAAAUAAUAUUCAUGCUGUUUUUCUAUCUGACAAAAGUACUUUAUAGCAAUGUACUUUCAUACAGGACAAAUGAACCAAUUUUUAAAUGUCUGUUUUGUUCAAAUAA